CAAACGUUUGUUCUCCCGAGGCGGAAGUCAACAGAGCCCCCAUCCUGUUGUGUUCCUGCGCUAAGCUACAAGAAUGGCGGAUGAGGAGGACGAGACUGGCUUCGAUGAGGAGUUGGAUGACGGAUCCGGCGGAGUAGAUGUCGGCCACGGGAAGAGAAAGAGGCUCUUCUCCAAGGAGCUCCGGUGUAUGAUGUACGGAUUUGGAGACGACCAGAACCCGUAUACUGAGUCUGUGGAUAUUCUGGAGGACCUGGUCAUCGAGUUUAUCACGGAAAUGACCCACAAAGCCAUGUCCAUCGGACGCCAGGGCCGCGUCCAGGUGGAGGACAUCGUUUUCCUAAUUCGCAAGGACCCCCGGAAAUUCGCCAGAGUCAAAGACCUACUGACCAUGAACGAAGAGCUGAAGAGAGCCCGCAAAGCUUUCGACGAAGCAAAUUAUGGCUCAUAAAAACCGCCUACACCUAAUUUGACAGUUUAUUUCUUUUAAUUGCUGUUCAACUGAAUUGUUCAUUCGCAGAUCUGUGUUCUUGAGGAUUUUGUUUAGCCUUGACUAGCUGUCCAAAGUCAGUUUUUUUUUGGUGAUUUCAUACGGUGGUAUAUGACCGUGACGAGAAUGUCAAAGUGUUACCUGGUGUCAUGCUGUCUGGGACUGUCUCAAUAAAGGAACUUACAUAGUGUUUUCA